AUGACAGAAUAUAUUCCACGUCGUGGUGAUCAUUUAUAUGUUUGGCGUAAAAUUCGAAUAUAUCAACAUCAUGGAAUUGUUGUUUCGAAAGAAGAUAUUAUGACAAUUUUAUCUCCUGAAUUAAUGCCAAACAAGGUCGAAGAAUUAAUGAUUGUUGAACAAAAUAUUCAUGGAUUAAACAUUGUUACUUUAAAAGAAUUUCGAUGUGAACAUCCAUUUAAUUAUUUACAUGAUAUUGCUGUUGCUAGAUAUAAAACAGAUCCAAUGGAUUAUUAUUUAAACAGAAGUGGAACAUGUUAUUUAACUGAUAGAUUACCUGAAGAUGCUAUUGUUAAAAAUGCUCUUACUAUUUAUAAUGAUAAACAUCAACGAGAUAUAUGGCAAACAUAUAGUCUUGUUAUUAAAAAUUGUGAACAAUUUGCAUUUAUUUGUUCAACUAAUGUUAAUUAUGUAUUGGGUGAACAAGUUCUUAUGGCUUGUAAUGUUGUUAAAUGUAUUUUUAUAAAUGGAAUGUAUAAUGCUGCCAAAUUUACUUUUCAAAUUAUUCGACAAUUAGCCGAACAAAUUAUUGCUGGAAUAUCUAUAGAAACAAUAAUCGCAGGAAAUGCGUUAGCUUCUCUGACAGCUUUUACAUUAGAAGCAUUAAUAUUAUCUGUUCGCUUGUUUAUUUAUUAUUAUUAUGAAGAAGAUCGUUCAAAGAAUUUAGCUCGAAAAUAUGCGAUAAAUCCUGAAGAUUAUAUUCAACAAAUGAUUCAAUCAGGUUUUGCAAGUUUAUCUGCAUUUGGAAUGUCAAUAGCUGGAGUUUUAUGUGGUUCAACAAUUUUCGUUAGUGCAAUGUCACCAAUGAUUUGUUCAAUUUUUUUUGGAUUUAUUGGAUAUAUUGCAGCUAGAUGGUUAACUGGAUUAAUCAUUAUUAAAAUCAGAAAAAAAUUAUUUAGCGAUGAUAAACAAAAAAAAAUUGCUUUUAUAAAUCCUCCUGGUGACGAUAAUGAUACUGUUGAAUUUAUUUGA